UUUAUAUUCAAUUAAUUUACUGCGUUACAAAAAUAGUUGAUUUUAAACAAAAGUACAUCAGUAAAAUUGCGAAACAAAUAUUCAGAGAGAAAAGUAAGUUUGAAAUUAUUUAAAGUCCUGUAUUAUAAAAAAAAGUCAAAGCAAGUUUCCCAAGAAAAAUGGCCGCAUAUGAUAAGUUCGUGGAUGAUUCCCUAUAUCCAAUUGCUAUAUUAAACGAUGCAUUAAAAAGUGAGGACUUACAAGUUAGAGUAAAUUCAAUAAAAAAGCUUUCUACAAUCGCAUUAGCUCUUGGUGAAGAACGCACGAGAUUAGAAUUGAUACCAUUUCUUAGUGGAAGUUUUCAUAAUGAAAAUGAAAUGCUGCUAACAUUAGCAGAUCAAUUGGGAAAUUUUACACCUUUAGUUGGAGGUCCUGAAUAUGGUAUGCAUUUGAUUCCACCGCUUGAAAGUAUGGCCACGGUAGAGGAAGUACUUGUAAGAGACAAAGCGAUAGAGUCUUUGCGCCUUGUUGCUGCUCAGCUUAGCGCACAAGAUUUGGAGAAUCAUGUUGUACCAGCAUUGCGACGCUUAGUUUCAGGUAAUUGGUUUGCUUCACGUGCAUCAGCUUGUGGUCUAUUCUCAGUUUGUUAUGCAAGCGUUUCACGAGCAGUUAAAUUAGAAUUACGUUCUAAUUUCCGUAAGUUAUGUCAGGAUGAAGUACCAACAGUACGAAGGGCAGCUGCAAGUAAGCUUGGAGAAUUUGCAAGAGUUGUUGAAAUUGAUUAUUUGAAAUCCGAUUUGAUACCCAGUUUUGUGGAGUUGGCAAAAGACGACCAGUAUUAUAUCAGAGUUUUGGCUGUAGAGGCUUGUAUAAGUGUUACAGAACUGUUAACACAAGAUGCUGUGAUGCAUAUACUUUUGUCCACUUUGUAUCAGUGCGCGAGUGAUUCAUCCUGGCAUGUGCGUUAUAAGCUUGCUGAAAAGUUUGUGGAUUUACAGAAAGUAGUUGGCCCAAAAAUUAUGCAAAGGGAUUUAAUUUCCAUUUUUGAAACCCUACUACAAGAUCCCGAACCAGAAGUACGUGCUACGAGUGUAACAAAUAUUAAAGAUUUUUGCGCAAAUUUUAAUAUAACAGAUCAACAGAAAGUCAUUAAAAAAUCAAUUUUACCACGCCUAUAUAAAUUGGUUUCUGAUCGCAAUACACAUGUUAAGUCUAAAUUAGCAUCGGUUAUUAUGGGUUUAAGUCCAAUGUUGGGUCCCCACAAUACAAUAAAACAUUUAUUACCCCUUGUUUUGAAACAAUUAACUGAUAAAUGCCCAGAAGUACGUUUAAAUAUUAUUUCCAAUUUGGAUUAUGUUAAUAAUGUUAUAGGAAUUCGACGAUUAUCAAAGGCAUUAUUACCAGUUAUUGUCCAACUUGCUGAGGAUUCUAAAUGGCGUGUCCGCUUGGCCAUAAUUGAAUAUAUACCUGCUUUAGUUGGACAACUCGGUCAGAAAUUUUUUGAUAAAGAGUUAUGUGAAAUAUACGAACGUUUUCUUAACGAUCAUGUUUAUGCUAUACGUGAAGCAGCUGCUUUAAAUAUGAAGAAAUUGGUAGAACUAUUUGGUGUGCAGUGGGCUAAACAGACAAUAAUACCGAUAGUAUUAAACAUGUCAGGAAAUAAGAACUAUUUAUUCAGAAUUUCCUGCCUCUUUUGUUUAAACAAUCUGGCUGAAGUUUGUGGCGCAGAUAUCAUAACAAAGAAAUUUUUACCUACUAUUUUACUACUAGCAUCAGAUCUCAUUGCUAAUGUACGUUUCAAUGUUGCUAAAACUCUUCAGAAAAUUUCACCCCACCUGGAUGCAAGCAUCGUCGAUAUACAAGUAAAACCAACUUUGAUGAAGUUAUAUGGUGAUGCGGACGAGGAUGUUAAAUAUUUUGCAUCAGAGGCGUUGGCUGCCAUAGCAAAUAUGUAA